UCAACGUACUCACGUUCGAUGGAACUUGUAAACGAAACGAUCAUACAACUAGCGAACGGAGUUUUGUUUUUGAAAAAUAUUGUUUUAGCUUAGAAAUAAUAAGGAGUAAAUGGUGCCGGGACGUGUAAAAUGUUAAAAUAGUGUUUUCUACAGUGUUUCAAAAUGUUGGAUAAACGGGAUUCGUGUUCAUAGAAAUUAAAUGGUGACAGAAACUGCGGCUGAAAGGAGCCGGGCUUCAUAGACGGACGCCAUGUUACUACAAAGCCAAGCCCCGAUGAUGAAGAUAUCGUCGUUUUUCAUUUGUUUAGUAUUAACUAUAAACGCGAAUACCGACGUUAUUGUUGAAGGUAACGAAAAGGAUACGGCGGUAGACUCGAGCGUUGACAACAAUGGAGAAUUUUUCAACCUGCUGAUAACCGUCUCUCAGAAUUCGGCGGGAAUCGAAGCUGGCAGUACACCUUCUUUGAAUUGUACGAUAGGAGGACCGGGGGAGGUUUGGUGGACCAAAGAUGACGCGAAUAUAACAUCAUUAGUUAAAACCGAGCUCAGCUCCACCAUGGAAAUAAAAAUGGCCAGCCGAAAUGACACGGGAAAUUACACGUGCCUCGCCAAAUCGUCGCUCGAUGAAAAAAUAUACAACAAAACAAUUUUCAUAAGAGUCAUAGAGCCCGGAAGAAUAAGCGGAGGUCAAGGAGCUCGGGUAAAAUUAAACGAGGCGGCUAAUCUCUCGUGCCACGUGGAAGGUGAUCCGUUGACGGAUUUCACUUGGAUAAAAACCAGCGACCCGGGGAGCGUCAAACACCUCGCCGACUUGUCGAGCACGGAACGUCUGAACGACACCUUCGUUAUAAUGAGCCUGAACUUCAGCAGCGCUACGCGAAAGGAUAACGGAACGUACGAGUGCCGAGCGAACGACAUCGCGAAUACCAUAAGCGAUUACAGGUCUCUGAUCGUGACGGAGAUACCCCAGGUGAUGAUCAAUUUUGCCAAAGCCGUCGGUGUCGACAGCAUCUACCUCAACUGGACGACCUACGACUGGAACGACCCGGUGAAAAUCUACUACAUCAAAUACAUGGCGAACGGCGAAGAACUGUGGACGCAUUUCUCCGAAAAAAUAGGCGGCGGCAAUUCCAGCUACAUCAUAAAGGGAUUGAAAAAGAAUACCACCUACAAAUUUCGCAUACAAGCGUUGAAUUCCAUGGGGCCGUCGCACGAGAGCACGUAUCCGAUUCCGGUCACCACGCUGAACGCAGACCCCACAUUCAUACCGAAUAUUACGGUGAAAGGAGCCACCGUCAAUUGGAUAACGAUCGGGUGGCCCGCGCCACCGGUGGAAUUACAGGAUCACGUUCAAUGGUACAAAAUGAUGGCGACCACGGACGGUAUGGAGCCGAGGGAGGCCUACCACCCGGCGACGCCGGGCCCCCUUUCGACGAGCUACGUUUUCAUGGAUCUGAAACCCGGCACGGAGUACAAGUUGAAGGUGGCGGCGUGCAGCGAAUAUACCAAAGAGUGCGGCGAAUGGAGCGAAGAGAAGCUGACCUACACGAUCGACGGAGUCGCCAGUCCCCCGCGGAACCUCGCCGUCACUUGUCACUUCGAUUACGCGACUAGCAAGAGCGUUGUGUCCGUGAAUUGGUCGGCCCCCGAAAAACCGAACGGACUGAUAAUCCGUUACGACAUAAAGCUCACCGGAGUGGCCCAGUUUCGCUUGGAGACCGGGCAACCGGUCGUCGACAGAUCGUACGCGACGGAGAAACGCGUGGACGGUAAACUCCACAACGUCGAAUUCGACCAGGUUCCAUUCAACACGAACUACACGGUCAGCGUGAGCGGCAUAGGGAGGACGCGAACGUCGUCGGGUAAGGAGGCGACGGGGAAUUGCACGAUGCCGUCGACGGUACCGAGCCGGGACAACUUGAACUCGCGGAAGACGUGGCAGAAAAUUGCCAGCCAAGGUCGCAAUCUGUUCAAGCUGACGUUGCCGAGGAUCUCGGAGCGCAACGGUCCCAUCUGUUGCUACAGGAUAUUCCUCGUUAAACUGGCCUACUCGAAGACCGUCGGCGACCUGACGAACCCGGAGGAGAGUUCGGUCUACACCUACCGUCACGUCACCGAAUCGACUUCCGGCGGCGCCUACCUCGCCGAGAUGUACGACUCCGAUCAGCUGGCGACGGAAAUAUUUCUAGGCGACGGGGUCGCCUUCAACGGGAGCUCCGCCUGCCAUCGGUGCGUCGGGCUGAGGCCCAGGGCGCUUCCGCCGUCGCUAAAUUUGAUACCGGAAGUCCAGUCGACGGCGAUAACCACCGCCGCCGGCACCGGAAACGACGUUACGAAUCCAACGUCCCUACCGCUGCCGUCGACCGAAUCGCCGGAAAAUUCAGCGAGCAGAAGGAGGAGAGAGGACGUUUCGAGGGGUGGCCUGACCGUGGGCGAAACUGAGAUGAAACCUUAUCCACCGGAAGAUGGUUUUCUCGACGAGACGGCGAAUUACACGGCGUUCAUAGAAGUGAUGGUUUACGGAAGCGAACCCGGUCAGUUUUACGCGGCUUACAGCAAAUACAUGGACAGACAGUUCGCGGGCUUCGAUUUUCUCGAUAUAGAAGCAGCGGAAUCGACCAGUUUGGGUAUCAUGAUGCAGGUCAGCAUCGCCCUUUUGAUCAUACUUCUGGUCGUACUGAUGGGCAUGUGCGUGCUCCACAAGUACCUGAAAAACGCGCGCGAAGGUGGCGAGGAGAUAAUAAGCCUCAGGAACAGCUUCAGGCAUCUAUGCAGAACUCUGAGAGGAAGGCAUCAACUCGUAGCGUCAAAUCCGCCGGACAUACCGCCUAUAGCACGUUCGGAAUUACUCCAGGCGUACAUCGACAGGCACAAGGAUUCCGACUACGGUUUUCAACACGAGUUCGAAAUGCUGCCGGACCGAUUCGCCGAUCGUACGACGCGGGCAUCCGAGAGUCGCGAGAAUUUGUACAAAAAUCGUUAUCCGGACAUCAAGUGUUACGACCAGACGAGGGUGCGGUUGGUUCAGAUAGACGGCAUAUGCGGCUCCGAUUACAUAAACGCCAAUUUCGUUCUUGGCUACAAGGAGCGGAAGAAGUUCAUAUGCGCCCAGGGACCGAUGGAGAACACGGUGUGCGAUUACUGGCGUAUGAUAUGGGAGCAGCACCUCGAGCUCGUUCUCAUGUUGACGAAUCUCGAGGAGUACUCGAAGACGAAAUGCGCCAAGUAUUGGCCGGACAAAAGCGAGUCGAAAAGCUUCGGCGACAUCACCGUCGAACACGUGAGAGAGAGACCCUACUCCGACUACGUGGUGAGAGAGUUGAAGAUGACGAGAACCGGCGAGAGGGAUUCCAGAAUAAUAAUUCAGCACCACUUUUUGGUAUGGAAGGAUUUCAUGGCACCCGAACACCCACACGCCAUACUGAGAUUCAUCAAGCGGGUGAACGAGGCUUAUUCCCUCGAAAAAGGUCCGAUAUUGGUUCACUGCAGCGCGGGUGUUGGCAGAACCGGGACCCUGGUAGCUCUGGAUUCGCUGCUCCAGCAGCUCGCCGAGGAGGGCCACGUGUCGAUAUUCAACACCGUCUGCGAUCUGAGACACCAGAGAAACUUUUUGGUACAGUCGCUGAAACAGUACAUAUUCGUUUAUCGCGCGUUGAUGGAAAUGGCUCAAUUCGGAGACACGGAGUUAUCGGCCGCCCAGUUGAAAACCGAGGUGGAAAAAUUGAGGCAACGAGAAAACGGCAGAGACAAAAGUAAAAUGGAGGAAGAAUACGAGAAAAUAAGCUCCGUACUGGAGGACAGAAAAUCGUUUUCCGUCGGCGGCGGGGACGAGAAUAGAAUAAAGAAUAGAAACGAAUUAGUUAUACCCUACGACAGAAAUCGGGUGAUACUGACCCCGGUUCCCGGUCGCGAGCACAGCACCUACAUAAACGCUUCGUUCAUAGAGGGUUACGACAAUUCCGAAUCGUUCGUCAUAACUCAAGAUCCGUUGGAGACUACGAUACCGGACUUCUGGAGGAUGAUCUCCGAGCAAUGCGCCUCCACUAUAGUCAUGUUGUCCGAUCUGAGCGAAGGUCCGCGAAAGUGUCCGAGGUAUUGGCCGGACGACGAGAUUACCUACGAUCACAUAAGGGUGAGGUAUAUACAGAGCGAAAGUUGUCCGUACUACACGAGGCGGGAGCUUUGCGUGUUAAACACGAAAACGGACGAGAGCAUAGUGGUGACCCAGUACCACUACCACGGCUGGCCGACCGUCGAAGGCGAAGUUCCCGAAGUAACGAGAGGUUUGAUUGAAUUGGUGGAUCAAACGAUAAGCAAUGACGUGGAAUCCGGGGGGCCUUUGGUCGUUCACUGCAACUGCGGCUCCGACAGAAGCUCCAUGUUCGUAGCUCUCAGUAUUUUGGUUCAACAAUUGCGAACGGAAAGAAGGGUGGACAUUUUCACGACGACGAAAAAGCUCCGCUCUCAACGACACGGGAUGAUCGGUACUUUUGCUCAGUACGAGUUCCUCCAUCGUGCGAUCGUCAAUUAUUCCGAUCUCCAUAAUCUUGCCGACGAAGAACCAGCGUCUUAAUGAAGAAUUUGAAUGAA